AUGAUCUGGCAGCUUGCAACGCUGCUCGUGCUACGGGCACAGGAAGCCCUUGCCCAAGGAUCGAAACUUGGUGCAGCAGAUUUUAUUCGAUUUGGCUGUUCUCAGCUUGUCGUUGAGCGAACUGAUCCUCUGGUCACCCCCGGCUUGAACCCGUCCCCCCAUAUGCAUCAAAUCGUUGGAGGAAACUCCUUCAACCUUACAAUGGACCCUUACACAAUUGAUCCUCCCAAACAGUCGUCCUGUACCUCUUGUUUGUAUAAGGAGGACACGUCGAACUACUGGACCGCAUCAAUCUACUUCCAGUCACCCGAGAAUGGAACUUUCAAACGCGUUCCACAGAAGGCGAACGGCCGUCAGAAUAAGACCCUACUCGAGCAGGACGGCGGCCUGACAAUUUACUACAUGCGGCCCUUCAGCGGCAGCUCUAAGAAGACAACAGUGCCGAAGCCAGGUUUUCGUAUGCUUGCUGGGGACCCGACACUCCGCAGCAAAAGCGGCACGUAUCCAGGAAUCUGCCACCGCUGCUUGAAAGAGAGUGAAGCAGUUAUGGGAGGCAACGGCGCACCUUGUGACUCUAGCGACACUGCUGGGUUCCCCUCCAAACCAUGUCCGGGAGGUAUUCGCGCUACCAUCAUCUUUCCUUCGUGUUGGGACGGAGUCAAUCUCGACAGCCCAGACCACAAAAGCCACGUAGCGUAUUCACCUGGGAACAGCGCGCUUGCUGGAGAUAAAUGCCCUAGUACGCAUCCUAUUCGUAUUCCUCAGGUCAUGUAUGAGAUCAUGUUCGACACUUCCCAGUUCACAAACCCGGAGUACUUUAAGAACGGAAAACAGCCACUCGUCUACAGCUUUGGUGAUCCCACCGGUUAUGGGGCGCAUGGCGACUACCUCUUUGGCUGGAAAGAUGAUGCGCUUCAGCGUGGCAUGGAUGCUCUUGGAAGCAAAUGUGGUAGUGAGUAUUGCGACCAAGUUUUGACAAUACAGUCGGGUAAAAGUGCUAUUGCCUGUACCAAGGCCCAACAGGCAAAGGAGGAUAUUGGUUCGUCGACUUGUAUGUUCUUGCAUUCUUACGACAGGUCCUCGAGAGCUAACUUCAGUAUAGGGCUCAAGGAGCUUCCAGGCAACCUUACUGUUGGGUAA